AUGCUGCUACCACGACUGACGUCUCAGAUAGCGAGGGCCUCUCGAUUUGCAGAACGCUUUCAGUCGAGAUCAGCCAUCUCGCUUCUGGUUCCUAGACUCGCUUCUGCAAAUUACAGCACACUUCCUUCAAACAGAAAUGGAGCCCAACCCCAGCAGUGGUACGCAUUGGACCCUGAGCUGGAAGAAAUCCUGGUGCCAAGGAAGAUGUCAAUCUCCCCCCUUGAAAGCUGGCUGAUGGUCCAUUAUGUCCUCCCUAAAGGUGGAGGCACCGUCAAUGUUUAUGUCUCUUCCCAGGGUGCAGAGGCUGAGGAUGACAGCGAAGAGGGGGGAGGCGAGCUGAACAGGGGCAAAAUGGAAUGCAAGAACGUUUUGAAGAUCCGGGGAAGGAAGAUGAACAGACACAAGUACAGGAAGCUGAUGAAGCAGACAAAGUUUUUGCAGAAGAAGGUCAGGGAAGGUUGGUGCCGGAGGAAACAAAAAGGGUUUGAAUGA